AUGCGCUCUCUCGUCGCGCCGAAGCACUGCAGCCCAGCCGGCUGGGAAGUAGCUGAGGUGCCGGUGCCAACCAAUACCGACCCCACGGACAUAAUAAUUCGGGUAAAAGCUGGAGCCGUUAUGACGGGCGACUGCCAGAGAGCAAAAGGUUCUCCCAUCGUCACACUCCGCAAAGAAAGUUUCCCCCUCAAAAUUGGCUGCGAGGGCUCAGGAAUCGUCGCAGCUGUCGGCACCGAGGUCAAAAACCUCAAAGUCGGCGACGCAGUGUACGGGCUGUGCUUCACCCGACCAGCCUCCAGCAUCCCCGACCCAGGCUUCUGCUCCGACUUUGAAGAGGCCGCCUCUCUUCCGGGCUACACCGUCACGGCGUACCAAACCAUCAAACGCGGGCUUGUUCUUGCCAGGGAAGAAUCGCUGGAAGGAAAGACUGUCUUCGUCCCCGGAGCCCUGAGCGGGGGAGGCUUCAGCGCGAUCCAAGUUGCCCUGAACGUCUUUGGCGCCAAGAAGAUCAUCUCUACGGUUUCGACUCCGAAGAUGGGCCUCGUGGAGCAGUACCUGCCAGGGAUGGUUGAUCAACUGAUUGACUACACUACGACGGAUGUAGGGUCUGUGGUUCCCAAAGGAAGCGUAGACUUCAUGUUUAACACGCAGUGGAAUACUAUGGGCCCUGGCAUACCACUUCUCACCCCCGAGACGGGCAUACUCAUGUCUAUCGCAUCUAUUCCUCCGCCAACCUUGAUGAAAGAGGUCUUGGGGCCCUCGAUGGUUCCCUUCUGGGUUGGCUGGUUGCUGAACUUGGCUCAGCUUUGGUACUUGUUCUUGUUACGCGGCACGAAUAUCAAGCAUGAAUUCGUGUCUGGUAAUCCCGAGAUCAGGGAGGAUUUGGAGAAGGCCGGGGAGUUCAUUGCCACCGGUAAGGUGAAAGGCGUCUUUAGAGUGGUGGACCUGGCGGAAUUGAAGUCGGUAAGGGAUGAGUGUGAAAAGGUGAACAGCGGGAAGGGAGGGAUCGGGAGAUACAUAGUAAGGGUCGAGUCCUAA